AUAUAAGCGGGCAUUUCGUCAGGUUGGAAGCACAGUUCGCAUUCUACAGCCACGGAGAGGAGGUCUCCAUACACAAAGGAAUUAAUUAAUUAAUCACUAGACAAAAAAGAAGGAAUCUAAGCACAAAAUGCCGCCACCACAUCACGAGGAACGAGGCUUGUUCGGCAUCAGCCUUGGCCUGAGUAUGGGCGGUCAUGGACACCAUCACCACCACCACCACGGACCACCUCCACCGCCGCCCCACUACGAUCAUCACCACCACCACCACCACGGACCUCCACCGCCGCCCCACUACGAUCAUCACCACCACCACCACCAUGGACCGCCGCCACACCACUUCGAUCACCACCACCACGGACAUCACGGACCCCACGGACACCAUGGGCACCACGGACACUUUGACCAUCACCAUGGCCCUCCAUCGCAUCAUCAUCAUCAUCACUGCUAGAAAAGGGUAGUGAUGAAAGGCUCAGCAGUGAUCCAUUGCCAGGCUAGUGAUGAAGGCAGGCAGGCCGAUGAUUCAUGCCCCAUAAUGCCUUCUGCCUUCUCUACUGGUGGAGUGAUAAGUGAUUGCCCAAUUUUUUUUUUCAUAAAACGAAUUUAAUUUGUAUAACACUAAAAAUAAAAAAAAACACAAAAAAAGAAUAAUAAAACACAA